ACACCAAUACAAAAGACACCUCCACACAAUAUCUCAAGUCAGAGUGAAAAUGAUAAGACAUGCCAGAAAGAUGGGACAAGCACUGCUUUAACCUGGGACGACAAGGUGGAGCAAGACUUACAGGUGUUAAAAGACUGUAUAAACAUGCAAAUAGAGGAGAAUACAGAAGAAGAACACGUACCAAAAUGUAUAUCUAGUGAAAUAGCUGAAGUAAACAAAGAAACAUCAAAACAAAGACACGUUCUAAAUGAUGACUGUGCAGAAAACACAGAUAUUCUGCUUGAGGAAUGUGUUGCCCAACUGCA